AAGAGGAAACAGAACGGUGGGGGGGGGGGGAAUCGUGUCAACUAAACCGCACGCAAUCUCGUGACACACGUUACUUACCUGUAAAGUCCGUCAAACGUAAAAACAAGAGGAAUACAAAAAUGGGGUGCUUCUUCUCGAAAAAACCCAAGCGAAAGUCGUCGGAAAAGGACGAGCGGACGCCGCCGACGACGACGACGACGGUGGAAACUACGACGACAAGCAACGCGGUUCCCCUUGGCAACAACACGGACGAGGCGGCACCGAAGCAGUACAGCUGGGACAAGAGAGAAAAGGUGGAUCCCAAAGACUACAUGCUGACAGGCCUCAAAGACGUGACGGCGGGGCGCCUCCCCGGCAAGCUCAACGGGCAACAGUUUGUCAUCCAGGACUGCCACGACUGCGACAUCUACGUGUUUGACCACGCGGCGGCCGUCACCGUCGACGACUGCGUCAACUGCCGCAUCGUCCUGGGCCCCGUCAAGGGCAGCGUCUUCUUCCGGGACUGCAAGGAAAUCCGCUGCGUGGUGGCGUGCCAGCAGUUCCGCACGCGGGACUGUAAAAAGAUGGAGGUGUUCCUGUGCUGCGCCACGCAGCCCAUCAUCGAGUCGUCCACCGGGAUGAAGUUUGGCUGCUUCCAGUACUACUACCCCGAGCUGGCCUUCCACUUCAAGGACGCCGGCCUGAGCAUCUUCAACAACAACUGGAGCAACAUUCACGACUUCACGCCCGUGGCCGGCGAGACCAACUGGAGCCUGCUGCCCGAAAGCGCCGUCGCGCUGGAGUCGGUGCCGGCCCCCGGCGCCGACUCGGACUUCAAGUCGGUCCGCGUUUGGGCGGACGCGGCACGCAGCAUCGUGCCUCUGACCAAAGGAGGCCGACGCAAGGACAGCGACGAGUCCUGCCUGUUUGUGUUCUUCGCCGGAGAGUACACCACGGCAAACGCUCGCAAAAUGAUCGACGAGGCGACCGCCAAAGGCUUCGUGCUGAUCCAGACAAAAGAGGUGUCAAUGCGACCCGAGGACGUCAAGCGUGUCUUCCAGAACGACGCUGAGGAUCUCGUGGAGUGGAUCGGCAAAGGUCCCGUCAUUUCCCUGGAGCUGAACGGUGACGGCGUCGUGGAAGCCUGCAAGAACAUAGCCAGCGAGGUUUUCAGCGGUACCAAGGUUUUCGUCUCGGACAACAAGAACACAUCUGCUCGCGACGUGGACAACUUCUUCAACUUUGCCGACAUGCAGAUGGGCUUGUGAGGAGUCGGGUCCAUACAUAUUUGAACGCUUUUUUUUUUUUUGCACUGCUACAAGCAGUGUGGUCCACACACCAUCCAGACCUGCUGCUGCUGCUGCUGCUUUCAUAUUUCAACCACGGGUGUAAACACACAAGAUGGGUUACCCACAAGCUGCAUUGUUUAUGACAUGACUGUAAGUAGCUUUAAAUGUACAGCGCCGCUGCCCUAUUUUGUCACUUCUCGUGUCAUUUACUCAACCAACGCAAAAUGCGAUUCACUUUCACGCUGUCCACAUUUUUACAGUUUGCUAGCAAAACUACUCGCACAACAUACUUGAGUAGUAGUACAAAUACUAAAAAAAUGACAAUGGUAAAAUUAAAAUGUGAAAUGUACACAAGUUGUUGUUGCGACUUUCGGCUUGUCCCAUCUGGGGUCACCACAGUGAGUCAGUCGUAUAAUAUAUUACUUUUUUUUAAUAUAUAUAUAUAUAUAUAUA